ACGCGACGGACCGGAUGGUGACGCUCGAGCUGCUGCUUGGCGCCCGCGCCUCACUCAACAUGCAGGAGCCCUUUGAGGGCGGCACCCCGCUGCACACGCUCGCGCGCGAGGGCUUCGUCGCCGUGGCGGCGCGCCUGCUCGAGGCGGGCGGCGACGCGUCGAUCAAGAACGACGCGGGCCGCAACGCGCUCGAGGAGGCCAAGUACGAGCUCGACCGGCUCGAGCGGCAGACGGACGGCGCCUCGUCGGCCACGCGGCGCGCAAAGAUCCUCGAGACGAUCAACACCCUGAAGAUGGUGCUCUCAGUCCAGUGAGGCGGAGAGGGGCCCGGAGAGGCUGCCGCGUCGUGUGUGUGUGUGUGUGUGUAUGUGUUCGGUGUGUGUGUGUGGCGGAGAGAGAGAGAGAGAGAGAGAGAGAGAGAGUCAAGAGAGUCAGUCAGAGACACAAUGUGGGCGCCCCCCGGGAGGGGCCGCGCCGCUGUUGGGUCGUCUCUCUCGGGGUUGAUUAGAAGUAUUCGAUUU